GAACUUGACAGAUCCCACAUCCUAACUCAAUUCAGCGAGCAUCGGGUUAAUGGGACAAGUAGAUGGUCAGCUCCGCCAAGUCCCUCAGUGGACAGAGCUUGGCUAGAACUAGGAGUUCGCGAUAUUGGAUUUCUUGUUCCAAAAGCAGUCGGUAUCAGUCAUGGUCUUGACCCCAGAGAGCAAAAAUACUACCCAAAAGGAACAUAUCGCAGCGAUUCUGAACUAGAAGGAUUUAUCGUGUUUGUUCAAGCCUUCCACGACCUACAUUGUUUAGAUGAGCUCCGAAAAGCCCUCUACUUCAACAAACCCUACUACCGCCAGUACGAGGAUGAUAAUCUCGUGCCGGAGUGGUUCCGUGUAAGCCAUAUUAAUCAUUGUCUGGACAAUAUUCGCGAGACCUUGAUGUGUGCAGCUGAUAUAGGGGUGAUACCAACCGUAUGGACUGGGUCGCAUAACAGCUCUAUUAGAUUUUCUAAUAAGCAUCAAUGCAAUAGUUACGAUUCAUUGCUCGAGUGG